AUGCGACUGGGUAUAGGCCGUCCGUCGCUGAGGGCACGGCCUUCGCUGCUGGAUCUGGUGCGGGCCAGAGCCAGCAGCGCGGACAGCAGGAGCAGCGUCCCCGUAAGCCCCAGCGACAGCGACACCAGCGAGGACAGCGAGGACGGGUCUCGCCGGCACAGCGGACCUUUCAGCGAGGUACCCGCUAAAGAGCCGACGGCUACAGCGUCAACGUCGACCCCCCCGGCGCCUGGAGCCUCAGCAGCGACUGGGUCAGGCACAGCCGUGAGGGAAGUGGUGAAAGCCACAGCAGCACCUUCGUCGUCCCCACCACCUGCACCGCCGCCCGUGCUGGAGGUAGCUUCCGCUCUGCCUCUGCCACGCUCUCCUCCUUACGCUCCGUCAUCAUCACCGCCCGUCUUCACCACCAACACCAACGAGGACGACCCUGAGCUACCGUCAUCGCCCUCACCCGCUCCCCGUCGACAGCGCUCAUCGUCGUCUUCCGCAUCCGAGCCUUCUACGCACUCGGCCGAAUCCUCUCCGCACGACGCUCGCCGUACCCCUUCCUCCUCUACUCCCGCCAUGGCUUCCAAGGUAACUCCCGUCGUUGUCGCCGAGGAGAUGACCGGUGUUGCCAUGUACGAGCUGGUCAAGGUCGGCCACGACAACCUUGUCGGUGAAGUCAUCCGUCUUUCGGGUGACCAGUGCACCAUUCAGGUGUACGAGGAGACUGCUGGCGUUACUGUCGGUGACCCCGUCUUGCGCACGGGCAAGCCUCUCUCGGUCGAGCUGGGUCCCGGCCUCCUCAGCAGUAUCUACGAUGGUAUCCAGCGUCCCCUCGCCUCUAUCCAGGAGGCAGCCGACUCCAUCUACAUCCCCCGCGGAAUCUCCAUCCCCGCUCUCGACCGCAAGAAGAAGUGGGAGUUCACGCCCACCAUGAAGGUCGGCGACCACAUCACCGGUGGUGACGUCUGGGGAACCGUCUUCGAGAACUCCUUCAUCCACACCCACCGCAUCCUUUUCCCUCCCCGCGCGCGCGGUGUCAUCACCAAGAUCGCCUCCAAGGGCGAGUACACGGUCGAGGAGAAGCUGCUCGAGGUUGAAUUCUCGGGCGAGAAGACCAACUACCCCAUGAUGCAGAGCUGGCCUGUCCGCGUGCCCAGGCCCACGACCGAGAAGCUGUCGGCCGACCAGCCCUUCAUCGUCGGCCAGCGUGUGCUCGACGCCCUCUUCCCCAGCGUCCAGGGUGGUACGGUUGCCAUCCCCGGUGCUUUCGGCUGCGGAAAGACGGUCAUCUCCCAGUCCGUGUCCAAGUUCUCCAACAGCGACGUCAUCGUCUACGUCGGCUGCGGCGAGCGCGGCAACGAAAUGGCCGAAGUCCUCAAGGAUUUCCCCGAGCUGACCAUCAACUACGAGGGUCGCCAGGAACCCAUCAUGAAGCGCACCACGCUCAUCGCCAACACGUCCAACAUGCCCGUCGCAGCCCGCGAGGCCUCCAUCUACACGGGAAUCACGGUGGCAGAAUACUUCCGAGACCAAGGCCUGAACGUUGCCAUGAUGGCCGACUCGACGUCCCGCUGGGCCGAGGCUCUGCGUGAGCUGUCUGGCCGUCUGGGCGAGAUGCCGGCUGACCAGGGCUUCCCCGCCUACCUGGGAGCCAAGCUGGCCUCGUUCUACGAGCGUGCCGGCCGCGUGCAGUCCCUGGGAUCGCCGGAGCGCGAGGGCAGCGUCAGCAUCGUCGGUGCCGUCAGCCCUCCCGGCGGUGACUUCUCGGAUCCGGUCACGAGCUCGACCCUGGGUAUCGUGCAGGUCUUCUGGGGUCUGGACAAGAAGCUGGCGCAGCGCAAGCACUUCCCGUCGAUCAACACGAGCGUGUCGUACUCCAAGUACACCAACACGCUGCAGCCGUUCUACGAGAAGGAGAACCCCGACUUCCCCCGGCUGCGCGACCGCAUCAAGCAGCUGCUGUCGGACUCGGAGGAGCUCGACCAGGUGGUGCAGCUGGUGGGCAAGAGUGCCCUGUCGGACACGGACAAGAUCACGCUCGACAUUGCGGCCCUGGUCAAGGAGGACUUCCUCCAGCAGAACGGGUACUCGGACUACGACCAGUUCUGCCCCAUCUGGAAGACGGAGUGGAUGAUGAAGCUCAUGAUGGGCUACUACGACGAGGCCCAGAAGGCCAUCGCCCAGGGCCAGCAGUGGUCCAAGGUCCGCGAGGCCACCAGCGACCUCCAGGCCAAGCUCCGUGGUCUCAAGUUUGAGGUUCCCACCGAGGGAGAGGAGGUCAUCGUCAAGAGGUACGAAGAAGUUCAGCAGAACAUGCUGGACAAAUUUGCUUCGGUCAUGGACGAGUAA